AUCCACCUUUGAUCCACUACGAGAAGAGAGAACUACACUCCUCCUCUCACAGUUCAGGCAAGGCGAAUCUCAAACGAUAAACAUUUAAACAGCGACGGUGAGUUUGUGACAGCAGUCAUGAGGAGGAGUAAAGCAGAAGUGGAUCGAUAUGUGUCUUCAGUUCAGAGCGCCUCUCCCUCUCAGAAACAGGAGUCAGGGAAAGGGUUUCUGUUUGCCAAACUCUACUUUGAGGCUAAAGAAUAUGAACUCGCUCAAAGGCAUGUUCAGGAAUAUUUGAGCGCACAGCCGAAGGAUCCUAAAGCACACAAGUUCCUCGGGCAGCUGUUCGAGCGUGAGGGUGAAAAUAACAAAGCUGUGGGAUGUUACAAGCGUUCGGUGGAUCUGAAUCCGGCUCAGUCGGACCUGGUUCUGAAGGUGGCGGAGCUGCUGUGCGGUAAACCGGAGCCGGACAGCCGGGCCGAGUUCUGGGUGGAGAAAGCUGCCAGGCUCCUGCCGGGACAUCCCUCCGUCUUCAAUCUGAGGGAGACGCUUCUGAGCACACGAGGACAGAAUGCCUCCAACCAGCUGUACGAGCUGCUUCAGUCGGAGCUCCGGCUGCGGCCCGACGACACCUACAUCAACCUCAGGCUGGUGCGUCUGUACAGCGCUGACGGGCGGCACGAGGAGGCGCUCAAGCACUGCCUCGCGGUGGAGAAGACUGGCCUUCUGAGGGACCGUCUGGAGUGGUACGAGCUUCUGGUCAGCACCCUUCAGGAGUAUCUCUGCCAGCCGAGCGUGGCGUCGAACGAGCAGGCGUCACGCAAGCUUCACAGAGAGCUGCUGCUGGCGCUCUGCAGCCGCGUCAGACUGACACUGACGGAGAAGAGCUGUGAGGAGAGCGCUGAUGCUCUCUGGAGUUUGGACCGUGCGAUGCAGUCUCUGAAGUACACGGCCACGAACACGCUGGACGGGCUGUCGGAGGUGUUCACGGAGACGAGGGCUCAGCUGUACCUGUACGCCGGGACGCUGCUGCUGAAGAUGGCGCAGGACGGGGCGCAGCAGUGGAGGGCUGUGCAGGAUUUAGCCGCUCUCUGUUAUAUCGUGUCCUAUCAGGCUCCGAGACCCAAAGCCAAGAGUUUGAAAAGUGAGCACGCGUCCCAUGAGCCUUUGGAGCUGCUGGCCUCGGACCGCCAGAGUCAGGCGGGUCACAUGCUGUUGAAUCUGAGCGGGGACGUGGAGCAGCUGCUGAAGGACGUGGUGGAGGCGUUCGGGAACCGGCGAGCGCCAAGCUCUCUGUUCGACCUGCUCUUCAGCACACAGACCCACGAGCAGCUCUCCUUCAUCUACAACGACGAGAUGCAUGUGGUCAGCGCACACGUGCCCAGCGCCGCAGAUCUGGCCAAGUGGGACAGCGGUGCGGUGCUGCUGCACGCGGGCGAUCUUCAGCACCUGGCCUGGCUCGGCCUGCAGUGGGCGCUGAUGGAGCAGAGCGUCAGCCUGCAGCACUGGCUCAAGCAGCUCUUCCCUCGCCUCACGCUCGAGACCCCCAAACUGGACACCAACGCACCCAAGUCCAUCUGCCUGCUCGACCUGGAAGUGUUCUUGUGCGGCGUUGUGUUCAGCAGUCAUACGCAGCUGCAGGAGACGGCACGGAUGGCCUCGUGCUCCUCGCCCCAUCAGCCCCGGUGUUUGCCUCUGAACAUUAUGAAGCUCCUGUCCUCCUCCAAGCAGCGCGAGUGGUGGGAUGCCGUCUACAGUCUGAUCCACAAGAGAGCGCAGCCGGGGACGUCGGCUAAACUGCGGCUGCUGGUUCAGCACGGUCUCGGCACGCUGCGCGCCGGUGAGAAACACGGCCUUCAGCCGGCGCUGCUCAUCCACUGGGCUCAGCAUCUCACUGACGUGAGUGAACGGGUGAACUCUUACUAUGACCAGAAGGAGUAUGCAGGCCGCAGUGUGCACUACUGGAAAGUUGUACUUCCCUUGCUUGAGAAAAUCAGAAGCAAACGCAGCAUUCCUGAUCCUCUGGAGCUGAUGUUCAUGCACUUUCGCAGUAAAGACAUACAGCCUUCUCAAGUGCGAGUAUAUGAGGAAGAGGCCGCCAUAAGCUUUGCCACACUGCUUGACAUUGAGGGCAACACCGAUGAGGCCAUCGCAAAGCUGGAGAAGCUCAACAGCAUCUUGUCUAACUGGCAUCUUGCUAAGAUCUAUCAGAGGCUGUCGGAGGAGGUGGGAAACGGGCUGGAGGAGACGCAGGGCAGGUGCACCAACUUCCUCCUGCAGUUCAGGAAAUACCUGACGAAGAUUUGUCAGGCCAGUCCAGAGGACAUGGACAAGUUACCUGUAUCUAUGGAGGAUGUGAUGGAUUUGCUGAACGAAGUCAACCAGCAGCUUGUAGAUGAUGGCGAGUGGGAUGAAGAUCAGGUGGACUAUCCGCUGACGUCCAGCCCCGGUCAGCCCACAGAACCGCAUGUGAAAUUCUCCACUCCGUCCCCAUCCAAAAGUGUCACGUCUCCAUCCAAAAGAUCCGUGUUCUCACCCAAAACGCCUCCUCACUGGGCCGAGGACCAUAAGUCUCUCCUGCAGAUGUUGUGCCAGCAGGUCGAGUCCUUGAAGAAUGAGGUUCAUGACCUGCGCCAUAACUCCUCUGAUGGUACACCAUCCUCAUAUAGGAUGUAUCGAGAUAAUUAUACUGCAGAAGGACUUCAGGAAGCAUUUCCUGGAGCACAGGCAUUCCAUGGUGUUCCUCUUACCGUUGCCACUACAGGUCCCUCUGUGUACUACAACCAGUCUCCAGCAUAUAAUUCACAGUAUCUUCUACGCACUGCUGCAAAUGUUACACCAACAAAGGGCCCAGUAUACGGGAUGAAUCGUCUUCCUCCACAGCAGCAUAUGUAUGCCUACCAACAAUCAACACACACCCCACCUCUUCAGUCAACUCCCGCAUGCAUAUAUCCUCAAGAGCAGGUCUUUGGUGCUCCCAUUCGAUUUGAGUCACCGGCUACAUCCUUACUCUCACCAUACAGUGAAGAGUAUUACGGUCACAAUGUUCCUCAACCUACAGUCAAUCCAACAUUGCCAGAGCCUGGGUAUUUCACUAAGCCAUGUGUCGUUACACCCACGCAGCCAUCCAGGAGCAGUGAAAGCAAGCCUGCUGAUCCCAAGAUGAGUUUUGGGUCGCAGUUCACAGGUGAACCUCCUAAGGUUCCAAACUUUGGGGGUGUUGCCAUUGCCCCGUCAACAUCAGCAACAACUGCAUUCAAGUUCAACUCCAAUUUCAAGUCCAAUGAUGGUGAUUUCACCUUUUCCUCUGCUCAGAUGAAAAAUAGUGAAAGCCUCUUGGGACUUCUGACAUCAGAUAUUCCUCCCAAAGUAGAGGGACCAUCAGAACCGAAACAUCAGAACCAAGACCAGCCGCCUAGCCAAAGUGGAGUCUUUACUUUUGGGAGUAAAAUUACCACAGGAUUUUCAUUCACUGAUGCUGCUCAGAGCAAAAUGAGUGUUUUUGGCAACACUGACCAAAGAUUUAGCUUUGCAAGUGGAACCAAACCAGUAUUGGGAAAUCCAGAGGCUUGGGAAGAGAAAAAUGGGGAAAGUGAUAAUGACAGCACCCAUGUGGAGGAGGAUGAGGAUGGCCCUCAUUUUGAGCCCAUUGUGCCUCUUCCUGAUAAGGUUGAUGUGAAAACUGGUGAGGAGGAGGAAGAGGAGAUGUUCUGCAAGAGAGCAAAACUCUUCCGGUUUGACUCUGAGACUAAAGAAUGGAAAGAGAGGGGAAUUGGAAGUAUCAAAAUUCUAAAACACAGACCAUCUGGGAAAGUUCGUCUGUUGAUGAGGAGGGAACAGGUUCUCAAAAUCUGUGCUAAUCACUAUAUCACUGCAGAUAUGGCCCUCAAACCAAAUGCUGGAUCUGACAAGUCCUGGGUGUGGUAUGCAAUGGACUAUGCAGAUAAAAAGCCGAAGACUGAGCAGCUUGCCAUUCGUUUUAAAACUGCGGACGAGGCUGCACUGUUUAAAGUCAAAAUUGAGGAGGCUCAAAAAUUCCUUCAAGAAUCCCCACAAGGCCAACAGUUGGAAAAGAAUUGUGAAACACCAAAGCCUCAAGUUUCAUCAAAAGAAAUGGAUCUUAAAACACUGUUUUCUAAGAAGAAGGGCGAAUGGGACUGUGACAAGUGCAGUGUAAGAAACGCUCCCACAUCUGUGGUAUGCGUUGCCUGCAACAGUGCAGCUCCUUCCACAGCAAAGGACAAACCUGGAGAGUCCCCACUCUUCCAACAGUUGGAAAAGAAAGGUGAGACUCCAAAGCCUCAGGUUUCAUCCAAAGAAGUGGAUCUUAAAACACUGUUUUCCAAGAAGGAGGGUGAAUGGGACUGUGAUGUGUGCUGUGUACGAAAUGCUUCCACAUCUGUGGUAUGCGUUGCCUGCAACAGUGCAGCUCCUUCUACAGCAAAACCUGUAGAGCAACUCAAAGGCUCUGCGCCCACGGCUCCUCCUGCUAAAGUGUUUUCUUUUGGGCUCUCUGGAGAUUCUGAUAAGAAUGCCAUCAGCACUGAUGUCAGCUCAAAGGGCUUAGCAUUUGGGUCUCAAAUACCAGUUUCUUUUCAAUUUGGAUCAAAUGAUGCUACAGUACCAUCUGUUGGCCUUGCAGGUCAGGCUGAUAAGAAAACUGUUCAGACUGAUACACCACAACCUGCGAAAGUGUCAGCAGCUCCAUCAUUCUCUUUUGGCUCUGGAUUUGGCGCUCAAUUCGCCAAGAAAGAGGGUCAGUGGGACUGUGACUCCUGCUUAGUGGUGAAUGAUGCUUCAUCAACUGAAUGUGUUUCUUGCAAAGCCCCCUGCAGCACUGGAUUAGCUGCCAUGUUUGGUAAAAAAGCAGGACAGUGGGAUUGUGACCCUUGCCUGAUAAGAAAUGAAGGUACAGCUAGCCACUGUGUCUCUUGUCAGGCAGCAAACCCAAAUAUGAAAGGCAAGACCUCUACUGCACAAUCAAGUUCCUCUUUUAACUUCAGUUUUGGUAGUUCUAGCAAGCAACCUGCUGCAACAGGAUUUACAGCCAAUUUCAAUCCAGGUCCUGCUUUUCAGUUUGGUACAAGUAAGGAUAAAACAUCCUCUGAAAGUUUCAAGUUUGAGCCCUCUACAACUCAGGCUGAUAAGUCAUCAAGCAGUUCAAAUUUUUCAUUCUCCAUGCCAGUGCCUGCUGGUGGUUUCAAGUUUGGCAUUACAGAAUCUGAGGCAAAAGCAUCAGAUGGACAGUCACAAAGUGGAUCUGCAUCUGACCUCCUCAAAAAUAUUGCUGAGCUUCACAGAGAGAAGGAAAAAGAGUCAAUUCCAAGUUCCUCAGAUGAGCCUGUAGACUCUGGUAGUCACGAUAAUAAUCCCCUCAUUACCGGUAAGCCUAACUCAUUUAGUUUCGCAGACUUGGCCAAGUCCUCACAAGGUAGUUUUCAGUUUGGCCAGGAGGACCCCAGUUUCAAAGGCUUUGCAGGGGCUGGCGCACAGCUCUUUACAGGAAUUAAUUCCAGCCCCAGGCCAGACACCUCUGCCGAUCAAGAUGAUGAAAUGUACAAAACAGAGGAGAAUGACGAUAUUCAGUUUGAGCCGGUUGUUCAGAUGCCUGAGAAGGUUGACCUUGUUACAGGGGAAGAAGAUGAGAAAAUCUUGUAUUCACAGCGUGUCAAACUCUUCAGAUUUGAUACGGAAACAAGCCAAUGGAAAGAAAGAGGAGUUGGCAACCUUAAACUGCUUAAAAAUAAUAAGAAUGGGAGACUUCGAGUUCUUAUGAGGAGAGAGCAGGUGUUGAAGGUAUGUGCUAAUCAUUGGAUCACAACCACAAUGAAUUUAAAGCCCCUCUCUGGGUCAGAUCGUGCCUGGAUGUGGAUGGCCAGUGACUUUUCAGAAGGAGAUGCCAAAUUAGAACAGCUUGCGGCAAAAUUCAAAACACCAGAGCUUGCAGAAGAGUUCAAGCAAAAAUUCGAGGAGUUUCAGCGGCUGCUAUUGGAUAUUCCUUUACAGACCCCUCACAAGCUUGUGAAUACUGGCAGAACAGCCCAACUUAUACAGAAAGCUGAAGAAAUGAAAUCUGGUCUUAAAGACCUCAAAUCAUUCUUGACUUACCAAAGCAAGGAUGAUGAAAAUAGCGUUGCAGGUAACAGUACCUCUACAGUCAUAGUCAAGCUCGACUCUGAAAGCACCGGAACUGCUUUAGAAUGGGAUAAUUACGAUUUGCAAGAGGAGGCGCUCAAGAACUAUGAUAAUUCCUCUGUGUGCGAUGCCCCUUCGCAGCCUGAUUCAGUAGCAAAGAGUUUGUUCCGUUUUGGCGAAUCGUCCACAGGCUUUAGUUUCAGUUUUCAGCCUAUUCUCAGUCCCUCCAAGUCUCCAUGUAAGCUAAACCAGAGGCAGGCUUCUGUUGGCACAGAUGAUGAACAAGAAGCAUCGCAAGAGGAAGAGCGAGAUGGUCAGUACUUUGAGCCUGUUGUGCCAUUGCCUGAUCUUAUCGAGGUCUCAACGGGGGAAGAGAACGAACAAGUCAUUUUCAGUCACAGGGCCAAACUAUACCGCUAUGAUAAAGAACUUAGUCAGUGGAAGGAACGAGGUAUAGGAGACCUUAAAAUACUACAAAACUAUGAAACAAAACGUGUCAGACUUGUGAUGAGACGGGACCAGGUCCUCAAACUGUGUGCAAACCAUUGGAUUGAUUCAAAUAUGAAGCUUGAGCCCAUGAAAGGAGCUGAGAAAGCGUGGAUCUGGAGUGCCUUCGAUUUUGCCGAAGGGCAGGGCAAGGUUGAACAGUUGGCUGUACGAUUCAAACUUCAGGAAACGGCAAGUACUUUCAAAGAGGUCUUCGAAGAGGCAAAGACUGCCCAGGAAAAAGACACUCUUCUCACCCCGCUUUCCGCAAGAGUACCUGCUUUCACCCAAGAGGCACUUUGUGGUAAGGCUGCAGUUGCUUUAUUUGAGGAAACCACAAAAGAACGUACUGGACUUCCUGAGGUUGAAAGCAGUCCUAAACAGGAUGGUACACCUGGGGCAGAGCUUAGCGCUCAAAUUACCAAGACCGUGGUCUCUCCUCCCAAGUUUGUCUUUGGGUCAGACUCUGUGCAGAAGAUCUUUGGGAGCCCUGUGUCAUCAAAAGAGAAAUCUCCUGUUAUGAUUCCCAGUCCAAAAGAUGAGGAAACGAGUGCCUCAAAACUGAAAACCUCUGGACAGGCAGUGACCGGUCAGCCAUCCGUUGGGACUUCUUUCAGCAUUCCAACAAGAAGUUUGGAUUUUAGGCUUUUCAAAAAUAAUCCAAUGGCAUUUUGGAGCUGCACAUCAGCCACCCAGUUUGAAGGUAUUUCAGGCCACUGUUUACUGUGGCACAGUGAGUUUUUACUGACUGGCAUGGGCCGGGAGACCUGACCUUGGCUGAAUGAUGUGAUAACUUAAUAUUUCCCUGGCCUCAAUCAAAACAUUUGCAUGGUCUGAAAAAUGCUAACCCUUAGCUGUUUGUUUGAAACAUUAGUAGAAUUAAUGUGGAUCAGUGGCUUCAAAGUCCUUCAAGUGUUCAGCAGUGAGUGUCGUAAAAUUAUUUUCUUAACUUGAAAUGUGACACCAGCACAAGAAUUUUUGUCUCUGUCAUAUAUUGUACGUGUAGCAGAAGUUUUUCAACAUUGUAGUUGGCUGCUUACACUUCGGUUGAUGUAGCGUAUAACGAAUAGAGCUAUUUUUGUCAACAGACCAUCUUCACGUAAGGACUAAUAUCCCUGCAGAGAUUUAAGUUUUUAUAUGGUUACUCUUUACUGUCUUAACCACAGUGUUAAGGAUGCAUGAUACACAUAUGGCACAUUUUCAACAUGAUUUAGGGCUGUGCAACUGAUUUGAUUGAUUUCUCCUAAAAUAGCACAAUUAAUCAUGUUUAUUAAUAGAAUGUGCAUUAAAAUACUUUGAGCGAAGAAAUUACAUCAGUAAAUAAACUGCUAUAGACGUUAUCAACACUGCCAGUCAUUGCAAUGGCAAUGAUUUGCAGAAAAUCAGAAAGUACAAAUUCAAGAAAAAUAUUUAUAGAAUCCCCCUGACUCCAUCAUGAAGUCUUUCUUUGGUGUCUGGAGUAGGGAUGGCUCGAUACCAUAAUUUUGGCUUCGGUACGGUACCGCAAUCUAAUAUUGAAAUAUCGAUAUUAUAAUCUAUACCAUACAGGGUCUAAAUUUUGUUGCGGGUAUUGCACAUAAUUUUACAUAAUUUUCAGGUUUUGCGUUUACAAAGUAGGAAAUUACUGCAAAUAUUUAUAAUAUUAAAUUAAUCAACACAGAUUAUCACAUCAAAUCAGUAAUUUAAAAACUUUCUUGUGAAGUAAUUUCGGCAAUACUUUCCCUCUCCAUCUCUCAAAAUGAGCAAAUUGCUUCUGGCUUCAAAAGACAUUGUGUCUGUACUAUAUAAGCGAGCUGUGCACUACGAUACAACUUUCUAAUGCGCGUUUCAGACAACUGGUGGAAAUCACAUACCUACGUCUUUUUAAACCAUGCCAUUUUGAACAUCCAAGCGAUUUUAUCAUUCAGUAGUAACGUACUUGGGAGCUCUUUGAGAGAUGGUUUCUUUGCGCUUAUACCAACAAACAACGCACACACAAGCCGCCUGUAUAGAGCUCGCGCAUUCCAAAAUAUCUGUCUUAGUGAGUAUUCACACAAACACAGUCAGUUGAUCUGUGUUAAAAGAAAAUAAAUGUCUAAAUUAUAUUAUCUUUUGAAUGACGCACUGACCUGUCGAUCUCGUAUUGUCUUGUGCAAGUCAGGAUGAGCAAGUGACAGAUGCUUUGCAAGGUUUUAUAAGCAAAGUAAUUCCAAGUUAUACAUCUACUGCUCUCAUUAUUAACUAGUUUUGGGUGUGUUGAGUGAGAUUCAGUUGCUUUAUCCAUUUUGUUCCUCUAUGUUGUCACAUUUGCCAGUUUCACGUCAGUUUGGAUAGCAGGAACAGCAGCCGAAAUGAGCAAAAUCAUGAUAUCGUACCGUUUGAAAUAAAACCAGUAUUUUCCCAGUACCUGUAUACUGUGAAUCCCUAGUCAGGAGACGACCUGACUGACAUGUGGCUGCUUUUAAAUGUUAAAAUGUUCAUGUAUAUUGUGAAGGCUGUCAAAAGAUUUAGAACGAGCAGCUAUUUAGAUUUAAGCAGCUUAAUUUGAAAUGAAUGUUUAGAAUAAAUAAACAACCGGAGAUAAAGAAGAAAAAAAGUUCUUUCCAACAUUAUUCAAAGUUUCUGCAAGUUGGUUGACUUUUACUGUCCAGUUCAUGCCAUAUCUGUCUAUAUUUAAGAGGAAUAAUGCAAGUACCUAUUGUGUAAUGCUGACAGUGAAGAGUAACUUUGGAUUUCAAAGGAUUGAAACUGACUGACACUGAGAUGUUUGUGCAGAUCAGGACAGAAGGCCUGUCCCCUACAGUUAAGCCUGGGGUGUGCUUCAGUUUCCAGCUUGCUCUUUGUGCACUGUUGAGUGUUCUAGCCUUUCUGAUUACACUUCACUGAC